AUGCCUCUGACUUGUCGAUGGUUUAUCUGGGAUUUUUACGGCCGUAAUACAGGUCGGUAUCUCCCUUUUACUAUUGAUACUUUGUCUAAUUUUGACGAUUUCCGUGUUUAAUGACUAGAAGGUAAAGUUCCCUCUGGCAUUACGUUGAACGCUGCUAUGCGCAUGACCUUCAUGUGAUGUGGGCAGUUGAAUUAUUAACUUGCACAAAGUUCUAAACGCUUUCCUCUAAAUGAAAAUAAACCUAAUAACGAUAACAAAAGAACUAUAAGUAACAAAAAAAGAAACAAACGUGCAUAAACUAUCCAAGGGCAAAAGUUAUCUUCCACUUAAGUGGAUGCCAUUAUAUCCAGUGCUCGAGUAGAGAAUUAUGCGACAAAGUUCACGCCCUUGGUUUGCAAAGGGAAAAUAUCGGGGAGGGGGGGAUGGGAGGUGAUUGCGUUCUAGCUGAUAGAUUUAGGCACUUACAGUCUCACUCCCCAACCAGAAGAGUAAAUGGUCUCCAGCACGUUGCAAGGAGACCUGGGACCUGACGAAAUAUUGGGGGGGGGGGGGAAGGAGGGAGCAAGGGAGGGGGCAAACUACGAUGGCUCAGCGUCGCACUACGGAGUAUCAAAUAGUUAUGCCCCUGGUCGCUUCAGGCUCUAGGAACGUGGUAAGCGACCCGCCAAGCCACGCAGCCUAAGACGAAUUUCUUGCAGAUUAAUCGAAAUUCUAGUAUCAGUAGGCAUCCGUCUGGAACAUACGUCAUGAAACACGCUAAUUCCCGUCACGGAAAAAUUGUGCGGUAUCAGAGUGAAAAGGAUUCUAAGAGCUUAAUGCUGGGUUCAUGUGGACUAUUGCACGCUUGCAAUUACGGCACGCAAUAUCAUGCAAUGGCUUCGGUACUGACAUCUGUUGAUGAAAGUGGCUCAAUAAAUAUCGCAAUAAAAGCUAAAUCUUUAGCCAGAGGAUGCUGGAAGAUUGCAUUAGUUUGUUGUGUACUUUUAGAAUAUGUCAGCGAUUUGCAUAGCUUUUUUUAUGUGUAACUGAAAUGGUCCGAAAUAUGAUUCAGUUUAGAAUGUUCAUUACUCAUCCAUGACAUGUACGUAAACAGAUUAGGAAAAGAUAGUAAACUUGAGCUCGUUUAUCGAAUAGAAUUUUCCGCAAGCGUCGCAUAUACCUCUGUAACCUCUGAUACCUCUUGUAUCCUCUGAUAACCCUUUCCGAAAUAGGGGCUGAAUCUCAACACAUUGAAAUGCAAAACUGCACAAGAAAAUAUUUCUGCGCAAAAAUAACUUGAGUAACCUUAACAAUGGGUGCCUUAAAAAGUUUCAUUUGCCCGGUUGCGGCUGUGUCAGCCGAGUAAACCUGUCGUGACUUCAACUCGGAAAAAGAACAUUGUGACAUUUUUACAAAUUGGAUUAUUUGCUCCACUGUGGUAAAACAAAGGUCUUGUCAAUAACUUGUUUUGGAUUGUCAUUUCUCUCAUAAGAUAACCCUUUACUCUCAAGAACUUAAUCUUAGUUCUUCUUGCUUUCAGCUAUAUGUUUCUCAUAAUUUUACCUCGUAGAAUUUAGCGUUAGAAACAUUAUCUCCCAGCAUGAGAACUUGUGUUCUCUUGCUCCCAGUAAAUAUUUGUCUUUCUUGUUAUUGCCUUUGUGCUUGACAGUGCAUUGCCUUAGUAGCGUAAGGGCAAACUAAUCAAUUGUCACUGCUUGGAGUAAAGGGUUUAAGUUACCCUGAUUCAACAUUCGCUUCCAUUGUCAUUUUGGAGAGGGGUCUAACUUGUCAGUGAGCUCAGAUUCUAUGACAGCAAAGAGGGAAACCGCAAAUAUUCCUGACAAAGCCCCUAAGUUGUGGCUUUAUAAGAAAAUGUUGUUUAAGUACCAAGCAUAAAUAGCCUUCAUUUUUGACAAAUUUUCGUCUUUAUCUCAAAGAAUCAGAUUAUGCAUUCAUCUAGCUUAAGCAAUUUCAUAAUCAGUAUAAGCAAAUUUAGUUAUAAAAAGAAUUUGAAAAACGUCCAUAACAUUUUGCUUUCUGGAGUAAAAUCAAAACCUUUCAGGAGGGAUUAUGUAAUUGAUAAUUCCCAAAUUUAACAUAAAAAUUUUAAGUAACGUACAAAGGUCGUUUAGACAAGACGUGACUAUGCUGUUAAAGGGAAAAACUAUUAGAAUCGUAGAACAUGGGGGGUUCAUAAUCUUGACCCGAGAGACGAUGCGUUAAGCGCAUUAAAAGAUACUUGAGAUUUAAACCAAUUUACUGUCGCCUGACAAUGUGCACGUUACAGAGUUCAGUACUGUACGCGUCAAGCCGGUAGGAUUGCAAACGGAGCUAUAUCUGUAGCAGCCGGUUAAGGUGACUUUCAAACGCUUCUGGGUUCAGUCUUGGUGCACGAAAGAAUUUUGAAGGCGUCAGAGUCGUGGAAGUGGAAAUCAGCAAGUUUUUGACUCUACGUUACGAUCCACGAAUUAGCAGGUAUCUCUUUGCCCAAGUCCGUUGUAAGCUGCCAUAACAGUGCGUUCUGCAGAAUACCUUUUAAGUUUGCUGUUUAAUUCCCAGUUACGUAAUAUGUCCAAAAACACCGUACAACGAAAGUGCCAGAUCUUGAGUCCGGACAAGAACCAUGUGAUUAAAGGUGCAAAAUGUGUACUCUUAUUAUGAUUAAUUUUUCACACUUUUCAUGCAGUUUUAGACGCUCCCUUAUCUCUUCCCUCACAGUCAGACUGCACUUAUGGUUCAAGAUAUACCCCGUUGAAUACCGAUUUGAAAUUUCCACGGGAAAAGUUGAGUAGUACUCUGACAUACUUUCGUGGAACAUUGAGGUUCAUUUCAUUGCAUGCAGACAAGUUUAUCUGAUCCGUUCAUUUUGCAGAGAGCAAAUAACUUAGUUUUCAAUCUGAGGGCGUGAGUAGUUGUAAGCAUGAAUUUUAACGUAUGCUAGAAAUGAUCUCUCAUCGGCAGUUUCCUCCCCACACCAGACUGUAGCUUUGCUUUGAAUUAAAAGUGGGCCCCAUAUCGCGCGCAUUCGUAAGAACAGUGUUGGUUAAAGCGUUUAUGUUAUUAGCAUUUUAUUCACUUUUCUCAUGCUCCUCAAAAUCCGCAUUCUUGAUCAAAGUUGAGUAUUUGUUUUGAUUUGACUGCACAGCCGGUUUAAAUCUUGUCGUUUGCCUUAUUCCGUUGACGAAAUAAUAUCACCUUGAAAUAGAGAUAGUUAUGAAAGCAUAUCAUCUUGCAGUUUACUACACAAUUACGGAAACUUUAAUUUAGACAUAACAGCGAUGACAAACCGUAAUUGAAAAAUAGUAUUUCAGUAGCGAUAGAUGAACUAAGGAUUUCUGUUAAUGGACGUGAACAACUCUUGGCGUAUCUCACGGAUCGUUAUUUCAAGAGCAACCAGACACUCAUGAAUUCACAAAAAUGAAAACAAAGAGUUGUAUUUCGUGAAAGGAAGCUGUUCUUGAAACAGAAAAGACAAUAACACAAAUGGCGAUCAAAAGUUAAAAUGCAGUUGUUAAGGGUAAAUCAAAAUUAACUUCCGAUCUGUCUAUUAAAUUGAAUUCCUUCAAUUCUCCGCUCUUGUUAAACCGGAUGUUAAUGUCUAUGUAUUGCACAGUUUAUUUAUAUUAUGGUUAUAUCUCGGACAAUCCAUUGUUUAAAAAUUUCUUCUCAUGAAAAUUUCUUCUAAUAUCCCAGCAAAGUUAGUUUGAUGUAGAGACGGCUUGUCUCUCCAAACUUGCAAGAUCUUUCAUCUCUAUUGUUUCCUCUUUAAAUAUUUUGUGUCGAAUCUGCGGUUUUAUUAAACCUAGAUUAGCUGUGAUUGGCCGAUCUGAUCACACGUAUGGGACAUGUAAACAAUCCAGAGGGUUAUUGAGCUUCCCACUUUCUAUUAAUAAACUGGAGAGCUUGUGACGCAGAGAUGCAGAUUUUGUCGUAUCGAUUAUUUACUUUCCUCGCGGAAAAACAAACAAGAUUUCAAAUAUGCCUUCGGCAUGUACGCCAGUAACACAUCGAUAUAAUGUUUGAAUCGAAAACGCCACGAUGGCUUUCUUUUGCCCAUCACAACUGACAUUGAAAAAGAAAGGUAAGAGUUUUGUUUCAAGGGAGAACGUUUUUUUUCCUUGUCGUUUUUCUUUGCACACUAAAAUAAUUAGAAUCCGCCGUGCUGUGAAAGUUGUCUUUCCCAUUGCAUUGUUAUUGUGUCAUAAUUAAGCGUUUCAUUUUACUCCGACAAAAAUUUUAUCGCCUAAUUUUUUUAUUAGUUUUACAGAGCAAGAAGCCUUAUCCACCUGAUGUCUAUCGCCCGUCAUCAAGUCAACAGCAAAACGGGACAACGACCUCAGAAGUUACGAAGUCUGCUCUAAAAAAUGGCUCGACUCCAAGCCACAAACAGGAGAAGCGAAACGUCCGAAUCAACGAAUCGGGCGUGAGACAUGAAACGCUUUUUGAACGGAAAAUUCGAGCUGCAAGUUUGGGUAAACCUGCCAACGUUCGAGUGAAAGUAACGCAAAGUUACGAGCCGGUUGAUAAAGAGGAACUUAAAGUACGAAAAGGACAGCACGUGAAAAUACUCUACCAAGAGAAUGACUGGGUUUACGCGAUUGACUCGUUAGGAAAUAAAGGGUUUAUCCCGUUGUUUUACUGCUCGACGAGAAGUGCAUCCACCGACUCGAAGUCAAGCACCUCAGGUUACGAGGAUAGUUUCGAGGAUAGCGAGGACGGAGUCGGCGAAAGAACUACGGUGGUCGUUUUCAACGAUCCUCUAAAUAGAGCGAGUCAUAGCUCAAAUAACUUAAUGACUUAUUUCCCCAAGAGAGCUUACGGUCCGCAGCUGACAGUUUUAUAUGACUAUACUGCGCAUUAUGAGAAUGACUUAAGCGUUUGUCGAGGUGAGGUUGUUAUGCUGCUAAACGAUCAAGACGAAGAUUGGUUUUGGGUCUCCACGGAUGAUGGUGAGGAAGGCUUUGUUCCUCGAUCUUUUGUCGUCUCUCACGUCUGCGAAGGUAAACAAUUUGCUGCUUAACAUCUUGUGUGUGUUUUUUUAGUAUUCAUGUGGUGAAGAGUGUACGAAACAAUGUAGUAAAGUUGUGAGGAAGCUCUUAGCUUUCUUGUAUCAAAGUGAAGAACUUUAUAAAACAUUUACUAAAUGUUUCCCGAGAGAGGGCAAGAUUCUUAACUGCCCCUAUGAUAGAGGAAGUUAAUACAGAGCGGUCAUGUUAUUAAUUAAGAUUUUGUUAACUGCAAAAGCGAAUAUAAAAUCCCAGUAACUAUAUCAAAGGAAAGAGGAAAGACGCCCGCAUAUUAGCAGGCCAGACUCUUUGGCAAGAGCUAAAAUGGUCGAAUUUCGGUUUCUUAGGACUCGUGGAUGCAAAAUAUCAAGAUAAUUAAGACAUGUUUUAGCGUGUUCGAGAUUCCGUCGGCGUUACCGUUUCGUAUGUGAAAAGCAGUAUUUGAUACGAGUUACCUUUUUUUAGAUGUAGGGCUAUUUUUAUCAGGUUGUUCAGUAUUUCGAAACCUCAUUUGAAACCCGAGAAAACUUUCUCUACUUAGCCCAGCACGUAGCUUUGCCUUACGAGAGGAAAUUGAUCUUUUAUCAGGAUAAACAUUUUACAUUAAGUUCCCUUCCGAAGACUCUUAACCGAUAAAGUAAAAAUCGCUCUUUUAACAAUUAACACGAUGUCUUCGCCUCGUUUAAGAUCCCCCGGAUUGUUCUGGAUUGUUGUUAUUUUGAUAACCUUCACCUUUUAAUACUUUUAAGCGACGCGUCAUUUUGCUGAUAAAAAAUCCCUUUCAAAUUUUGUAACAUGCAUGUUACUCGGCAACUGAAAACCUUUUCUUGGUCUUGAACUUCUGGCGUUUCAUGAAAAAAAAAAAAAAAAAACCAUAAAAGAGAAAAAGAGCGCUCAACCGUUUGCAGUUCAUCUGGGUUACAAGCCGCAAAGUUUGCAAGUAUUGAUUUAGUUCGUCUGGAGCAAUUCGAAAGAAGUUUAAAUCAUUAUCAACGGCAAAAGGAAACAUGAUUGAAGGUAAGCCGGAUGAAGCAAGAUAGAUUUAAUGGCUUAAACCAUAAAAAGCAGAUGAAUCGAGAGGCAGAUUUGCUGCAGACGUGAACGAAAAAAAUUAUCUUUGAUAUCGAUUACAUUUCCUAAACUCCCAAAAUAUAAUCAAAAGAAAAAAACAUAAACAUCACCCCAACAAGAGAAAGGCCAGGGGGGUAUAUAAUUCGUGGGCAAAUUCAAAAUCAUGUUGAGUUUUUUUGUCGCUCAUCACUGCCAGAAACUGCGCUGAACUGAAUCGUUGUUUACUUGAAUAUUUUGCGUGAUUCAAAAAUUCAUGGUGAAAGAUGAAAAAUUGCGUGACAAGGAACUUUUAUGAAAUAGAGUACAAAUUGACUAACUGAUUGAUUGAUUGAUUGAUCUUAACUCAGAAAGACUGUUAAAAUUGCUCAUUCAGGACUUUUUCCUGAACUGAGUAAUCCUUUUAAAGUUAUUUAGGGAAAUCUCGUUUUCGGAUAUUCCCCAGAGAAUAUUUACAGAGAGAGAGAUUACAGUGACAUGAAUGCAGUUAAACUUUCAGAUUACUCAGUCGUUCUUCCUUGGCAUUGUAGUAAAAAAGACUUGGAUUUCAUGACGAUUGUGUGUAGUAAUUAAGAAAGUAUGUAUGGAAAUUAGACAACGAACCCGUGUUCAAGUUUAGUGGGCUCUUAGGCAUGAAGGAAAUGCAAUUAUUUAUUAUCAUUUACGAGUGAAAUGAGUUGGAAAAUAUUCAUACAGAAAUACAAUUUCUCUCAUUCAAAACCUUCCUUCAUUUCCACAUAUAGCCUGUGUUCAACGGUUAUCUUCACCAAACGGUACAUCGCUCAACUCACCGAACCUCAGUUCUUCUGACGUCACACCAGUAAGUUCGAGUUCGACUGGGAUGAAAGGCAAAUCAUGGCAGACGGAUGUAACCUCAUCAACAUCCAGUGAUAAGACUUACACCCUAAAAGGAACGCGUCUAAUAGUACUUUACAAUUUUGAAGGGAAGGCUUUUGAUGAUUUGCCUGUUAGACCCGGAGAGUAUGUAUAUGCAAAUCUAAAGGACCAAAUUGUGCCUGGGUAUAUCUGGGCUUAUUCGCCGAAUAGUAAGAAAUCUGGGUUUAUUCCAGAUGAUCAUGUCAAGGAGCCAGUGAUAACAGAUAUAUAAUUGAUAUAAGAAGUUUGCAUUUCAAUAACAAUCACAGAAACUCUCUCCACAACAGGUUAAAUGCCCCUCUCGUUGAAGGCUAGGACUAAGAAAUAAUGAGAAAUCUCUGAUUUAUAAGUCUAUUGCUCUAUUUUGUUCUUUGUGAUUUAUCCAUUUAUUAAUGUUCGUUGUCGUUUAUUGUUCGAAGUCUCAUCACCUAUACAGUGGAGCAGAGAGUUUUUACCGUUCAGUCUGUUUUUAUGAUGUCUUCUGAGGCUUUUUGAUAUCAGAUACAAUUCUCUAUCCGCCACCCUUUCCAUCUCUCGCGGUUAAACUAGGGAUGGGAUGUAACAUGAGAAAACGAGGAAAUAGAAAGUAACUGAAACCAGGGGAUAUGUCGAAGGGGAUAUGUCAAUUUGAUUCCACGGAAAUUAUUUUUAGUUCUAAACAGAAACGGAAGUCUAAUUGAUCUUAUAUCGCAAGACGUUUACGUCGAGAGAUUGUCUAUUAAUCACUUAAGUAAAACUGACAUCUCCUAAGGCCUGAACCAAAAGGAGCUUUUCUCUCUGUUUUUUUUUAAGAAUAUUUGUUCCUUUACUAUAUCAGUUUUAUCCAAGUCACGUGGUAAAAAAAGCUGUAUUCCUAUAAGAACGAUGUUUUAGGUAUCAAAAUGUCCUUUUUGUAAGUUUUUGUAAUCCACCCGCAAGGCUAAAGCCUUCUUUUAAAGAAAGAUAGGAUUGAAUUCAACUUGCAUCUUGCUCAUAUUUCAUUGGACCACUUUUUGAUCGAGUGUCACAAAAUUAAACCCAAAGUAAUUACAUCGGCCAAUCAGAAGAAUAGAAAAUACCCUGAAGAGCCAGUGAGAACUCAAAGUAAACACAAGCAAGCCACCUAAAGCGCGGGAAAACGCGGGUAACAAAGUUUUGAUUGGGUUUAGUUUUGUAUCUGAUUGGUCGAGAGAGUGGGGCGCGUUUUCUGGACCAAUCCCAAAGCGUAGUAGAGCAAAACCAAUGCAAUCCCGGAGUACUUUCGACACUCAACUAAAAAUUACAAUAUUGCGAAGGAAGGUUCACAUCGUUAUGUUGAUUUAGUUCAAUAAUCACCAACCCGGUUGGUGGCCCUCCAUGUUGGAAUUCUUUUGCUUGGACCUCUUCUGCUGACUACCAUCAAUUCUGUCACUUCUCACGUAUGACCUCAUGAUUGUAGGCUCACGGUAGUCUACAGUUUGAGUAGAAUCAUUUUAACAAUGCAAGACAUGCAAUCUUAUCCAAUUCAACUCCCUUCUCCUUCUACGCUUUCUAACUCCCAGUGGAAAAGUUUAUUUCAAGUAUAAGCCUCUGUUUUCGUUACCACCUUGUGAAUUCCUUAUAGGGCAGCAAUUCGAACAUCGCGUAAAAGUAAUUCGCUUAACCACGGGAAAGAUCUCCGUUUAACCCCAUGCUGUUCUAAAACAUAGCCGAAGUCCCAGAGGUAAUCUACUAGUUUCAACUGCUUUCUUUCAUCCAGGUCCUGUAUGCAAGAGUAUCGCGUUAUACGGUUGUAAAUCUUGUCGAACCUAAUUCCCUUAAUCAGCGAUGAUAGUUUUUUAAAGGAAAAGAGACAACUUUCAGCAGAUACAUAUGAAAAACAAAGAACAAGCCAUG